UUCAAAAAAGUGACUCUUCUGAAACAUACAGAUCGGCAGCAUGCAAAGAUCAUGAAAAGUGUGCAGAAUGUUUUAUUUAACCCUUAAUUCUUGCAGAAAAAUAUCUUCCCCCUGGUAUCCUGCAUGCUGUGAGUGAGACAGCUUUAAUGAAGAACAAAGGACUCCUUCCCUGAACCACAGCGGCCAUCGACAGACAUCACUUUCUUGGUGUAGCUGACAUCUCCUCCGUGUUGGGCGAGCUGUGACAUGCCGGUGUUGCCACACUUAGACAAUGAGAGAUGGAGCAUCUUCUGGACCCCCAGUGGGAGGGAACCAGCCCAGAGGAACCAGCCUCUCCCACGCCACAUAUCGCAGGCAACAGACUCAUCCUCGACGUUUACCUGGACGGAUGUGAGAGGUUCCUGCAGGUGACAGACAGUCGGACAGGUGACCUGGUGGAGGUGGAAUUUCUCAGACUUAGCAGCAAUGAUGCAAUGAUAACAUCAGUGGUGGCUGAUCUGCCACGGUUCAGCCAUCUCAGAUCACUGGUGCUGAAAGGUGGACAUCUACGGGACGAUUACGGACGCUGUCAGAAUGGUUUGUUGACCACUUUACCGCAAGAUAUCAGUAAGAUUUCCUUGCUGCGUCACCUGGAUCUUAGCUUCAACAACUUUUUGGAGCUGCCAUCUUGCAUCACUGCCCUUUCUUUACUUACCACUCUCCAUCUUGGGUACAACCAUCUCAAGGCACUUCCUGAGGAGAUAUGUGAACUGACAUUCUUGACGGACCUCUUGCUUAUGUCUAACCAACUGGAAGAGCUCCCUGCAGGCAUUGGGCGGCUAAAAAAUCUGGUAAAAAUGGACCUGUCUGAGAACAAGCUGGCGUCUCUACCAGAGGAGAUUGGAAACCUGCAGCAAUGUGCCGAUCUGUAUCUGUCUGAGAACAUCCUUGCUAGUCUUCCUGAAACAGUGUGUAACAUGAUGUCCCUCCAGCAGCUUUACCUUCACAACAAUGUACUUGUGGCAGUACCAGCAGGACUGGCAAGCCUGCCUCACCUCACUCGCCUGGACUUACAGAACAACAGGUUACGCACCGUCCCUACAGAAAUCAUGCAUUGCUCUUGUGUAUAUCUCCAAGGGAACCCCAUAGGUGAACCGGAGCCAUCACCUCUUUCUGAAGAUGAAAGUCAAAGCUUGGACUUAAAAGAGAUUUAUGUGAAACCAGAAGACAAGAGUUUUUGUGUCACACCGGAUGGAUGCUGGGUGUUCCUCCCACACGGCUUUCACCUUCGUUUUCCUCCCAGAGCUGUUUCGUGCACCAUAAGAAUAUAUUAUCAAAUACUCUUACCAGACCAGCAGCACGUGAGACUCGGACACCAUGAUGUGCUGCUGAGUAGCACCCUGGAGCUACAGCCUCAUGGUAUACAGUUCCAUCAGAUGCUGGCCUCUUGUAAGACUGCUCACUUCUCUUGGUUCCUUGUGGUCUCACGUUUAGUAGAAGAUCGCUGUGAGGUUCCAAAGGAGGGCGAGCUCCUGUUCUCCAGUGUGGAUCAAAACAUCCGGGUUGAGUUUCCCCCAGGUGCAACUGCAGAGACUCGAACAGUUUGCAUGCAGGUGUUGCCGGUCUCCAAGAAAAUGCUGGAGCGGAUCACUGGAGACUCAGAGUCCUCCACUAGUCCCUUGUUAUGUCUUUCGCAAAGUUCAGCAGAUAACUUUUUGAAUCCUGUUAAGAUCCAGUUACCCCUCCCAGCAGGUGUGACAGGUGACACCUUGGAUCAUUCCCGUCUGUACCUUUUGCAUGGCGACCCACGGGCACAGACCUGGACUGACAUAACCAACCAGGUGGUGCUCCAGAUCACUCAUAUUUAUGCCCACUUCCAGGUCGAUCAUUUCUCGUGGUACUGGCUAUGGUAUACCACAAAGUCCUAUGUGGGUGAGCUGGCCAAGAAUGCAUACAAGCGGCUGCGCAUGUACCAGGUCAACUUUGUUGCUUUGCAGAGAAAACGGGAUCCGGAGCAAGUGCUGCUGCAGUGUGUCCCUAAGCACAAGGUGGAGUCAACAGUUAAAAGACUGCAGGAUAGAUACAAGGGCCCGGAGCCAUCUGACCUGGUUGAACUCGUGGAAGGAGAACAGUUCUUUGCAACAUUUGAACAAGGUCUAAAGUUGUAUUCAGAGCGUCCCGAUUGUGUGAACGGCAGAAUUUGCUUUGUCUUCUACUCACGCAUGAAAAACAUGAAGGAGGUGUAUGUUACAUCGUCGGCUGAUAGGAUAGAGAAGGAUGUGAAAGGACAGGUUUCUUUCUACCGUGGAUCGGUCCCCGAAGGUCUUCCUGAAGAAGUGACUAAACACAGGAAGGGCUCCCGAUCUGAUUGGAUGGCAACCCUGCCUAUCAAACUGCCUAGAACAAAAUGCCCAGACGGAGAACCUGAUAAGCCAAGGAGCAAUCAUUCACUGCCCCCCUUAAAUAUAGGCAAUCCUGAGAUGGGCUACCUGACAGAGACAAACCUUCUCAGCAUCGCCAGUCAGAUUGGCUCAGAUUGGAUGAACAUUGGUAUUAACCUGGGACUCCCAUAUCAGGAGCUAGAACGUAUUCGUUUUAAGAACAGCAAAGACUUGAAUCAGCUGAUCCUGGAUAUGAUCUUUUUAUGGGCCCAGAAGAACUCUGAGCAGCCGGACUGUGUACAGAAGUUAGUGCAGGCCAUGCGGACUAGUAAAAGAAACGACAUUGCCGAUGAAAUAGAAGACGUGAUCGCACUGGGAAAGGAAAAAUACACAAGGUCCAUCAGAAGAGUUGGUCUGGACCGAGGCAACAGCAGCGAAGACUCUGCAAUUGCAAUGAGUCAGUCAUGAAGACAGCUGGAAGCUGAAGCACUGCCUCAAACCUCACAAGACAGACCAAAUAGUGGAAAUAUUGACUUUCGGAGGAAUAAUGUGAGCCACGAGGAUCUCAUAUUGAGGUUCUGCCGCCAUGCUGAAAUUGAAUUAUCUGGAGUCAGGUAUGAGUGGUGUCCCUCUGUCAUCUCAGUUACGUGGUGUUUGUCCCGGAGAUACUAUCUGCUUGGAGACAAUGUACUGAGCCAUCUCGGACAAAUAUCAGACAUGUGUUGGUCCUACCUCUGGAAACGUCAUCCCAUGGCUGCUGUGAAUGGAGAGGUGGCACUUCUAUGGUAGUUCGAAAAAUAGACAAGCGCGUUUACUUAGCUACUUUCGGAAUUAUCACAGAAGUGAAUAGAAUAGAAUAGCUCUGAUGUGAUUUGGAUCUAACCAAUGUUACAGCACUUUAACAGAAUUGAAAACUCGACAGGCAGUAUUGUCAUGGGGAAGCUGGAACAUGCAGUGUUUAGGCCUGCAACUUCAUUCAAAGAUAUCUGCACAUAGGUAGAAUACUUGUCAUGUGAAUUACGGGGCGAUUUCAGAACGCCUUUCUCUAUUUCCGUUAAGUUUUAAGAUGAAAUGUAUUCUCUGGAGUCACUGUAAAGAACAUUCAAUACUGGAGGACUAACAGAUCCUUAGGUUUCAUUCAAGAUGUCUUAUAUUCUGUCAUUUAAAAAUGCAUGAAAAAUGCCUUCUUAUUUUUGUAUGUCAUGCUUUUUUAUGUGGCAUUCUUUAUAUUUAGUGUCAUUUUGUACAGGCGUUUUCCAAGUUCUAUAGAGAAACCUAUUGGGAAAACGCUAUAUCUAAAGAAUGGUGCUUUUUGAAAAAACUUGACUACUGACCUAAAAAAAGGUAUAAAAAUACAACAAAAUGAUUUGUGCAUAGUCCGUUUUUUACUACUAUUUCUGACUGCCAAAAAGCAGUUAAAAUGCCAUAAAACACACCAUUAGAAAAAAUUGUGCAUUUUUUAAAUGAAAAUUACUGGAGGAGAUACAAUAUAUCAGUCACUGUGCCAGACUUUGAGGCGCACACUUUUUCACAAAAUAUAUGAAGUGUAUGCUCCAUAAUUUUCUUUGGUGGACAACAUGGUGCGCCAACUUUUUGUCUAGUCCUAUUCUGCCCCUUGUUUUGGAGCAAGUUUUUUGGUGAAUGUUUUGGACACAGAGUAUACCAGCUCCAAGGCGGUAUGAAACAUGGUGUAAAAUUGUGAUAGUAUGAAGCCCUGUGUUGUCUCGUCUUCACCACUUUCUUAAUCAACAUCACAGAUUAAGGCCGCAUUCACACGACUGUAUUUUUGUUCCACAUCCAAUCCGCAUUUUUUUUUGCGGAUCGGAUGCAGAUCCAUUCAGUUCAAUGGAAUGAAAAAAAAAAAGGACAUGUCCUAUUCUUGUCCAUUUCUACAGGAUAUUUAAAAAAAUCGGGGCACGCACAUGGUCAGGAUCUGUGUUUUUUGGAUCCUCGAUUUGCUGACCACAAAACAGAUACAGUUGUGUGCGUGAAGCCUUAGGAUUCCUGCACACAACCAUAUUUUUUAGUCCAGGUCCAAUCCUCAUUUUUUGUGGAUCACAAUCGGACCCAUUCAUUUCUAUGGUUCCGUAAAAAAAACUGAUGUCAUCUAUGUGCUGUCCGCAUCCAUGUGGCGGGGCGAGAAAUGAUAGAACCUGUUUGCAGACAAGAAUAGGCUUUUUUACAUUGCGGGAUGCAUAAAGACCAUAUUUUGCAGAUCCGUGAGUUGCGGAAUGCAAAACGGAUACGGUUGUGUGCAGGACUUUUACAGUCCAAAUUUAUGUUGGUCGUAAAGUUUGACACUAAGUAAUAAUGGCGCAGUCACAAUAUUCUGGCACAAAAUAAACCUUAAUAUAUCUGCCCCACUGCCUGAAUAUAAUUCAAUAAUAUUCUAUAGGAAUGAGGAGAAUCAGAGAUUCCCCACUCUUGUCCUGAAGCCGCCAGUUCAUCCACAAGCUACAGACUACUGUAAAUGAAGCCUAUAUUCCGCUGAACGUGUACAAUUUGUUUUGCUAUAUAUUUAUGUACGGUGUAUUUUUCUGUAUAUUGGUGUAAAUAUAUUUAUAGAAAAGAUUCAUGGCUAUAUCUGAGCCGCUGUGAAAUUAUUUCCAUGUCCUGAGCAGGAUUCGAGGAUCAUUUAAGGAAAAAGCCUGUCCUGAAGGGGCACUGCAGGCGGCACGAUGCAGGAUAUCACAUUUUCCUAAUGUGUCAAUCUCUAAAAAUGCUGUGUAGAUAGAUAAUGUACAUUUGUAACAGAAUGAAACUUUUAAUAAACUAAGAUAUAACAUGU